ACAUCUCUGUUGUCACACAUUGGUAGCCCCCCCCCAGGGGGGAUGCCAUUACUUCCCCACGGAGAGUGGGGGCCCUCACUACUUCCCCACAAAGGGCGUCCCCCUGAGGGUGUCUCUUUGUCCCCAGAGGGCAGCCCCUGAGGGUGAAUCUCUGCAUCUCCACUAGGAUAUGAGGGUGGGAGGGGGAGUUCUCAGCGUCCCUUCUAGGAAACCCCCGGGAGAGUCCCUGCUUCCCCACAAAGGGUCUCCCCUGAGGGGGCAGAAUUUCUACUUCCCCACAAGAGGAAGAUGAGCCUUUCCACCCAAAAGGAGUCCCCGGAGGAGGGCACCUCUGCUUUCAUACAAGGGGAGUCUCCUAGAUUCUGCUUCUUCACAAGGGGUCUCUCCUGAGGAAGGGGGGGUCUCUACUUCCCCACAAGGGAAAGGCAAGUCUUUCCACCCAACAGGAAUUGUUGGGGGGGAAGUUCCGAGAGCCUCUGCUUCCUUCCAAGGGGAAUGGAUCCCUGGUGUGGGGGGUCUCUGCUUCCAUACAAGGGGAAUCAACCUCAGGGUGCUUCCCCAGAUCUACUAGUCACAUAGAAAGGCACUGUUUCCUCCCAUUCAUACCAACGGAGUAGCUAAUCCUCAGAGUUGCUGCUUCCACAAAAGGGAAGCUUCCCAGCAAGAAGGAGUCUGUUACCUCAACUCUUGAUCUUAUCCAGACUUCCCUUGGCAAAAGGUAUCAUUCCUUCUUAUUGCCACAUCCUGGCCUCCCUUUUGAAAGCUUCCACUCCUAGCACUUCAGAGGGUCCUUCUCUGAAGAGGGUGAAAGUCUGUCCUUUCUUCAGUGGCUCUAACUAGAAUCACUAGACUCUGCAUCAUCUCAGGGCAGUCAAGGAAAAAGAAUGGUACCCAACUCACAUGCAGUUGACCAUCCUUCGGGCUCAGAAUCUACAGGCCAAAGGACGCUCUGGGUUCAGCAAUGCCUAUGUGAUCAUGCGGCUCCAGAAACAGAAAUAUAUGACCUCAGUGGUGCGUCACAACCUGAAUCCUGAGUGGAAAGAGGAUUGCAUCCUUCAGUUGCCUGGUAAACUGGAUAAUUGGGAGGACCCUAACCUCGUCUUAACAGUCAAGCAUCAUUCACAGUGGUUCGCAGACCAGUUCCUGGGCCAGAUAUCCAUUUCUCUGAAGCAGAUUUUCCAAGACAAAACCAAGAGGAACAAUGAGUGGUUCAUCCUGCAGUCCAAAAGUAGGAAGACCAAUAAGUAUCUUGGACGUCUACAACUCACCAUUCAAUUCAUGGAGAUUUCAGGCCAGGAGAGAGAGCCAAUUUUUCCAAGAGAUAGUGGGUCAUGGUCAUCCUUUGGUAAGCUCCACAGCAGAUUAAUGAGCAAGAGAAGCAAGAUUUAUAAAGCAACUCCCUUUCCUAUGCCCAAUAUUGGUGACUACAGCCAUGUUACUGAAUCAGAGAAGACAUCAGUUACUGCCCCUAGUUCAUCAGGAUAUACAUUUUCAGCUAGAGCAUCACCUGUCAUGAUGGCCCACGAAACUGAAGUCAACACACAAGACAGUACUCAAGGCUUGGGGUUCAGACUUCAUUCCUGCCAAGAGAUAUUCCAGGAUUUAAACCAAAGCACAGAGGGUAUCAGUUCAAUACCGAAGCAUUCAAGUAGCUACCCAACCAUGUCACCUUCCUUACUCCGGCUGCCACACCAAGAGCCUCCGGAGCUAGCCAGCAAGGCACUUACUCCAUUCAGCAAAAAGAAAUUAAGCCUCCCAAAAGAAAGGGACUGUGAAGACUUUUGGGAUAUCUUUUCAGAGAAUGCAGACGGUACAUCCCAGAAUAGUCUACAUACCAGCAAGACAUUGUGUUCAUCUGCCCCUUCCUCCUCCCCAGAGCAGAAGGUUCCAGUAGAGCCUGAGUCAAAGGAGCAACAGAAUUUGGCAAAGGGCUUCCAUAAUUGCUAUGGUUCAUGUCUUAGCUGUUUAGGUUUACACCAUGAUGCAUGACUUGUUCUUGCUGUAACAGCCUUUUUACUUAUUGGCCUAUGUUGAAGAAAAAAAAAUCUUGACCCAUACACACAUGCUAAACAUGUCUUUAAAAUGCACCAUAUUUCAUUUAGAAGAAAAAGUCUGUUCCUUCCAUCAUCCUACUCUUAUGCAUAGUUGAUACAGAUUCAGUUCCGUAUAAGGUCUGGACUCCUGACUCUUAAGUUUACCCAUAUUACCAACUUAAGAUGCACAACUUGCUGUCAGGAUUCUCUUUGUCUCCCUCUGUAAGGAAAAGAUCAACUUCAUGAUUUCCCUAAAACACAUUUAAUUCUGUAAUUCACUUAUUAAGCAGUUAUAAUAUACAGAACACAAUGCUGGUCAGUGAAAGUGAGAAGUAUGUUUGAUCUGGCACUCUUAUACCAUGCAGGAGGCAUUUUAUGCACAUACAGUCCUUUAAGUUUUUGAUAGUCUGAAUGCAUAUGGAUCUAGAGCACAUUGUCAGACAGACUACGGUCCUCAAUAGUAUUGUUCAUGACUUGUGGUAUAAUAAAAAGGAGGACCUGCUCUGAGUGACUCUA